GACUCGGUUCACUUCGAGCUUCACCGUGAAGUACAAGUGCCUGUGACAGAAUCAGCCCUUCAAAUAGGACAAUGAAGGGAAACAAACAGCCUAUUUUUCUGGCUGCGAAUACUUUUGCGCGGUCACAGCCGCUACUAGGCAUUCAUCAAAUAUCGGUGAUCAAUCACGUCGCGUCCACUAUCUAUCGAUUACCCUCGAAGCCACCGCUGUCCAGUACAAUUGGUCAAACCUCCUAGCUGCAGCUUGCAGCGUUUAUAAUUUAAGGGAGGUAUUUUUACUGGAACUCACACCUACUUCAAAUUUUCUCCUUUGAGUCCAAAAGACCCAUGGAUUAUCCGACACCGAUGGCAAAGGUAUCCGGUCGCCGUCCACAAAGCGAUCUCGAUGCAGAAGUCGACGAAAUGAUUCUAGAUUAUCUGAUUUGGUCAGCAAGUAAAGCUUUUCUGGAUUGUAAUAAGGAGGGACAGAAUGACGAGAUAUCGUCUUCACAUUUUCCACUGGCCGAGUCGGCUUUCAGCCUCGUGGACGCAUUUCUAAAGAUAUUUAAGUCGAAGCAUCCGGAGCGACAAACACUCUCGCCUGUCCGGCAUCGCCUGGCACUAUUGAGAUACUGCAGUAUCUUUUUUUGCGGCCCAGACUACAGCGCUUUCACCGUCCCAUCUUUGAUAUCCCUGCGAGAUCGAAAUUUAGCGCGGGCUAAGGCGUGGCAGGCUCAUCAGUCCACAGUAGUUGAUACGCAAAUAUUUCAAGAAAUUGACAUAUCAGCGAUGACCAUAUUCUCUUCGAAGGCGUUUCGCUCCGGUGACAAUUCAAUACACGAGCAAUUCCGGGAGUCGACCCAAAAUCCAUACAAAACUGCCAACGAUAUUUUGCUGCUCGAUACUCUACCGCUUUUCAUGGAAUUUUCAGCUGCUGAACUCUUGACCACUUGCGAGAUGGAUAUAACGACUGCAUGGGUGGGUUUAGCAGGAGAAUACAUGCUGCAAUCUGUUUUAGAGCAAUAUUUAAUUCAGGGCCUAAAGGGGCUGGAGUCCGCUAAAGAAGCAUUUGCCUGGGGCUUCGGCGCUUUGAAAGCUGACGAGCCUAGCAAUUCAAUGGUAGGACAGGCGAAUACACCAUUCGACGAAGAUCUCCAUUCAUCCACCCCUUCUUCACAGCAUACUAUGUUGGCCGAUGUCCGCCAAAAGUUUCUAUCAGAGCUAUUACCCAAAAAUGGCAAGGACAUGGAGUUUAAUCUGAAAUAUCUUUUAACAAAAUAUCCACGAAGACCCUUCUUCCAAAGGAUAGCUUCACUUCUAGAAACACUACUCACAGUCCAGUCGCCGCCAGCGCUUUCAAAAUUUGAGUUAGGCUUAUUAGAUGGACUUUCCGCGUCUGAAAUGGAAGCCGUGAGAAAUCGAGUUGGAUGCAGAUGACAAUUGUUGGAAAUGCGUUUUUUCCCCUUUGAUAGGUGCUCUGCUCUUUGACCUCGUAACGGAGAGGAAUCACUGAAGGAUGGCCAUAUCAUGUACAACGAGAUUACCAAUUUUAGUCUAUAAAAUGCCGU